AUGUACGAGUCGGAAGAUUUAGAGAUGGAGGAGAAACUUAAACUUUUGAACAAACCAGCAGUCAAAACAAUUAAGACUAUAUAUGGAGAUACAUAUGAUUGUGUGGACUUCUAUAAACAACCUGCAUUUGAUCAUCCGUUAUUGAAGAACCAUAAUUUUCAUCCCCAGAUGAAACCUACUUUAUCGAGGACCAAGCAAAAUUUUAGUACAUCAUCGACCAGUCAGUCGUUGAGAAUAUGGUUAAACGGUAAAGGUUGUCCCUCUGGAACAGUUCCAAUUAAAAGAAUUACAAAAGAUGAUCUUAUUAGACAAAGACAUAUGCCACCGCCAGAGGAUGUCGCAUUUGAUGCCCAAUUAGUUGGGGUUGCUAUUGUCCGGAUUGAAGAUAGUCCAAAUAACAAGUUUGCGGGAGCUCAAAUGGCAGCUAGUAUAUGGAAUCCUUAUGUUAAAGGUCAACAACAUAGUGCAUGUCGAUUGAAAAUUAAAAAAAACUCAGAUAUUAUACAAGUUGGUUGGAGAGCUGGUAAUACACAUUGUUUCAAUACAUUAUGUCCUGGUUUUGUUCUAGUAAACACUGAGGUACCUGUUGAUAAAACAUUUAAACGUGUUUCACACCGUGGAGAUAAAAUUUCAUGGGAAGACACCUUUUCCAUCGGUCGAGAUCUCGUAAAUGGAAACUGGUGGCUUUUUCUUGAAGAAAAUCAUAUACAAAUUGGGUUCUGGCCUCAAAGGAUCUUCACUGACUUGGCUAGCUUUGCUACAAAUGUUGAAUGGGGAGGAGUGGUAUAUAGUCCGCCAGGUGAACCUGAACCUCCAAUGGGUUCUAGCUUUUUUCCCGUUCGAGACACUAGUCAUGAUGCUUAUUGUAGGGGAAUUACAAUUUUAGAUGAUAAAGGCGAGACCUGGGACAUAGAAACAACGGUACAUGUCGAUAAUCCUAAUUUAUACAGGGUAGUUGACUUACCACAUGCCAUACCCGGGAAGUUUAAGCAUUUUGUACUCUAUGGGGGACCCGGUGAGAAUGCAUAA